AUGACAGGUGUCCACAUUAUAUUGGGCAUGAAUUUACGAGGUGUUACAAAUGUGAAACUCGACAAGACACUCAAAGAACUUGGGUUUAGCAGGUGUGUUCACGAGCAAGCAGUGUACAAGGUGAGUAACUCGAGUUCAAUCUUGAUAGUGGGAAUCUAUGUAGAUGACUUGAUAGUCACUAGGUCGAGUGAAGACAAGAUCUUGGAGUUCAAACAGAAGAUGAAAUUAAUUUUUGACAUGAGUGAUAUGGGGAAGUUAAGUUAUUAUUUGGGUAUGGAGGUUGAUCAAAGAAAGGAUGAUAUCACCAUUAAGCAAGAAAGUUAUGCUAUAAAGAUACUAAAGAUGGCAGGAAUGCAAGAUUGCAAUGCAGCCAAAUGGCCUAUGAAUCCGAAGCCACAACUUACUAAAGAUGAAGCUGGAAAGGAAGUGGAUCCAACUGAAUACAGGCGCAUCAUUGGCAGUCUCAGGUAUUUAAUACAUACUCGUCCUGAUCUAAGCUACUUAGUCGGAGUAGUUAGUAAAUUCAUGCAAACUCCAAAUGAGAGUCAUUAUGCUGCUGUGAAACAAAUAGUGAGAUACCUCAAAGGUACAACGAGCUACGGAUUAAGGUAUGCUAAAGGUGGAGAUGGUCAGCUUAUUGGUUAUAGUGACAGUUCACAUGGAACUGAUGUCCAAGACCGGAGAGGAACAACAGGAAUGGCGUUUUACUAUUCAGGUAAUUUGAUAACAUGGGCAUCUCAGAAACAGCAGACUGUAGCUCAAAGCUCCUGUGAAGCUGAAUUCAUGGCUGCCGCAUCUGCUGCAUGCCAGAUUGAUAUGGCUGACGUUGAGGGUGGAGCCGGGGUGGUGGAAGUGGCGGUGGAGAUGGAGGUGGCGGUGGUGGUGGAGGACGUGGUAGAGGUGGCGGUAGAGGUGGAGGGUGGGGGUGGGGUGGUGGAGGACGUGCGUUAG